AUGGCCCGGGAGCCGCGCGCCGCGGCCCGAGACAGGGCCCCCGGCCUCCCCCUCGCGCUGCUUCUGGCGCUGCUGCUGACGGUCCUGAUGGCGGCGGCGGCGGCGGCCUUCGAUCCGGCACACGCAGCCCCAGAUGGGGCCCUGGACGCGGCAAGGGCCGCGCCCGCCACACGGCACUACAUUCGGGCCGUGUCGCGCCUGCACAGCCAGCUGCUGGUGCACAUGCUGGGCGGCCUGUCCGGGGGGGCAUUUGCCUCCGGGGUGGCGUUCCAGUCAAACAUGUCCGCCGCGGUGUACUCCCAGGACUUCCUCCGGCUGGACAUCCUGCCGGAGUAUCGGCUUGGGCCGUUUUUCAACGGGGCGGAGGUGAACAUGGGCCAGGCCCCGCCCAACCCGAUGCCCGACCCGGGGCAGUGGCUGCUCGCGGUGACCCACACCUCCGGCCAGGCGGCGGCCCUGCUGCCGGCCUACGCCGGGGUGUCCUCCCCCUUCCAGAUGCACCUCUACGAGGGGCUGCUCGGCCGGGCGGGCCUGCAAACCACCUUCACCGGCGUCAAGGACAUCGCCGCGGUGACCCUGUCCUCGCGCGGGGGCGACCAGGUCCUGGCGCUGGUGUUCCACACCGACAUGGACAUGGUGGUCGUGUCCUUUUCGACCCUCCUGCCCACGAACAUCGCCUCGGGCGGGGUCCUGCCGGGCAUGCGGGCCAUCGCCUCCGGGCGAAGCGCCGACACAUUCAUCCUCUGGCACGCGGACAAGAUCGCCUCGGUGUCGGCCCAGCCGGUGGUCCUCCGCCCGAGGGCGCAGCUCGGCAAGGACAUCCUGGACCUGGUGGAGUCGCGGAUCCUGCCAUGGGCGCCGCCUGGCGGGCCGCCGGACCUGGUGGUCCUCUUUGCCGACGAGCUGGGCAUCAUCGCCGGCGAUGACCUGGACCAGUCGCCGGCCGCCAUGCUCAGGCAGCCCCUGCCGCCGGGGGUGACGGCCACCGCACAGGCGCGCAUCCUGGCCCCCUCGGGCCAGGCCCUUGCCCAGCCGACGGGGUGGCUCUUUCUGGCCAUCCCGCCGGCCGGCCUCUUUCGCCUGGCCCUGUCGGCCACCCCGGGCCCGGGGGCCUGGGACGCGGUGUCGCUGCCGCUCAACCACGAGCCGGUCACCGGCCUGAAGCCGGCCCUCAUGCGCCGAGGCUUCGGCGCCCCGGGGGCCUGGGCCCUGGUCGGGCAGUAUGUCUACUUCGACAGUGUGGACUUCGGCUGCGUGCCCGGGGCCGGGGCCGGGGCCAUCCACGACCGGACCAUCCGUUGCAAUGGCGCCCCGGAGCCCCCGGACCCGCAGAACAUCCUCGGCUGGGACUGUGUCGCCGGCCGGGCGCGCUCGAUCUUCUCCCAGGAUGGGCGCCUGUGCGCGGCCUGCGCCGAUGGGCGCACCACCACCAUGCUGCCGCUCGAUGACAGCACCCCGUGCGCCGAAUGCCAGGACCCCCUGUGCCGGGCGUGCGCCAAUGUCGACGGGUGCCUUGUGUGUGAUGAUGGCCACAAGCUGCAGAUUGACGCCGGGCCGCCGGCCGGCGAAAGGUGCGUGCUCACCUGCGACGAGGGGUUCCUCGAUCGCGGGGCCUAUUGCCUGCCGGCGCCCAGGGCCCACCUGAGGGCCUCGGCCGGGGUGCUGCCCCUGCCGGGGGCCGACGCCAAGUGGCACUCGCAGGUGGACCUGGUGGCAUCCACGCGCCUGGUCCGGCAGGCCGGCGAGUCGACCCCGCGCAUUGGCUGGCUCGAGCCCGGGGCCAGCACCGCCGGCCCGGGGGAGCACCUGCUGCUCUUCCACCAGGACGGCAGCAUCCUCUGGGCCAGCGGGGCGGGAGGCAUGCCGGAUGCCACGGCCCCGCUCGGCCUGUCGGUGGCCAUGCCGGGGGCGCACUCGUACCUGGAGCUGGUGGCCGCCAGCCGCCAGCCCUCCGGGCACCCGGUCCUCGUGGCCCUGAGCACCGGCCCCGCUGGCUUGGACUACCGGCGGAUCUUGUGCCAGGGCAUGCCACCCCCGUCCACGGGGGCUGCCUGCCUGGCGGAGGCCGACCCGGCCGGCGGCGUCCGCCUGCACCACUCGCCGACGUCGCGCCUGGUCCGGGUGAACGCCACCACCGCGGCCGCGGUGACAUUGGCCAAGUCGGUGAUCCUGAUCCGCGUCCGGCCGGACGGCACGGCCCAGCUGGUCGACACCGGCAUCUCGGUGUCGGCCCUGCCGGCGCCCUUCCCCCAGCCACUUGCCGACCCGGCCAUGGUGGCCAUGGGCCAGCUGCUUCAUAUGGCCGCCCUGAACGCGGAUGUGCUGCUGCCGCUGGAAAUGCUCGUCGCCGAGGACCCGCGCGUCACGCAGCAAAUGCUCCUGGCCAUGCCCAUGUCCUCGGCCCGGCAUCCGACCCUCCAGGCGGUGGCCCUGCCCACCGGCCAGCCGGGCCGCCCGGAGGAGUUCCUCCUGACCGGGCUCCUGGACGCCAGCCCGCCCGACGGGGCCCGGGUCACCUGGAUCGCGCAGCUCUACCCGCACGGCCUGCGGCCGCACGGCCGGACCAAGGACAUCCCCUUCAACCGGCUGCCCCUGCUGGACUUGACCGCCGCGCCGGCGGUGCGGGACAAUUUCCAGGCGGCCCCGGUGCGCCUCGGCCACGCGGAAUACCCGAGCGGGCUGCUGCUCCUGCUGGCGGACGGCAGGGUGGCCCUUUCGCUGCUGCACUGCCCGUCGGCCUCGCCAAGCCGGCAGUGCUGGCUCCUGCCCGGGCGGGUGUUCCCGGCGCCCGGCAUGCCGGACCCCUCGCUGGUGGGUCUGGUGGCUUUGCCGGCGGCCGGGCCGGCGGGGGCCCUGUCGGCCGGGCCCGGGCGCGGCGUCGCGCUGGCCCUGGCCCCGGGCCAGCCGGCCCUGCUGACCAUCGAGCUGGACGUCUGCUCGGCGGCCACCUACUCGGAGGAGUGCCUCGCCUGUGACCCGGCAUGCCGGCAGUGCACCGGGCCCGGGCCGGAGCACUGCACCGAGUGCACGCUCACCGUGCGCGACCGGCCGAGUGACAUGUGCGUCGGGCAGUGCCCGGCCGGCCUGCACGCCAACGGCCAAGACCACUGCGACUGCCAUGGGGAUUGCCUGCUCUGCCUGCAGCCGGACCCGCAGGUGCAGGAGUACCAGUGCGUCUCCUGCACCAUGGGGAUGGCUCUGCUGCCGGUGGACGCGGACCCGCUGCUCCCCCGGGACCGGUGCUAUGAGUGCCAUGCAUCGUGCGCCGAAUGCUCGCUGCCUGGCAACCCGGCUGCCUGCAUCUCGUGCCCGGCCGGCCACUACCUCCACCAGGGGGCCUGUGUGGCCGCCUGCCCGGAUGGCUUCGCCCCGCAGGGGGCCCACUGCGUCCCGUGCCAGGCGCCAUGCCUCAAGUGCCCGGCGGGUGUGGAAACGUGUGCCCUCUGCCCGGCGCGGCACUUCAUCGGCCCGGCCGGAGGCCCGGUCUGCCGGCCGUGCGACGCCUCGUGCGACCGGUGCACCGAGGCCGGCGCCUGCACCACCUGCCGGAGCAACUUGGUGUUCCUGGCGACCGAAAGCUCGACGCCCUCGCUGUGCGGCAGCACCUGCGCCCCGGGCGAGUAUGUCGGCGCUGGCCGAUGCGCCGCGUGCGAUGGGUCUUGCGCCCUGUGCGCCCAGGCGGCCGACCGGUGCCGGGUGUGUGCGGCCGGCUUCCGCUGGGCCGCGGGCCCGCCGGCGGCCGGCGCCACCGGCACAUGCGUCCCUUGUGAUCCUGGGUGCGCCUCCUGCAGGGCGGACGGCUGCCUGGUGUGCGGGGCCGGCCUCGUGCUGGGCACCGACGGGCAGUGUGUCACCGACUGUCCGGCCGGGAUGUUCAGCAACGGCGAGUCGUGCCAGCCGUGCGACGUCAGCUGCCGGACGUGCGCCGGCGGCGGGGCCGACCAGUGCACCGACUGCGGCGCGGGGCUGGAGCUUGUCGAGGCGGCCCCCGGCGUGGGGACCUGCGUGUCCGGCUGCCUGGAGAGCGAGUAUCGUGCGGGAGCCCGGCGCUCCUGGGCCCCGGGCCCGCUGGUGGCUCUCCUCCUGGUGUUGGCCGCCUGGGGCUUGCCCCUGGCUCGAAUGGCCCCGACAAUGCUGCCCGACAUGUACCUCCAGGCGCAGCCAUGGGCCUUCACCCAAAGCCCCGCUCCCGGCAUGAGCAUCCUUUCGCAUGGGCCCGAUCAGCCGGGGACCCUGUGCGCCGUGCAGACCACCGGCGAGACGGACUGCGCCACCCAAACCGGCCUGAGGCUGGACCUAAACUCCGACUAUCGGGUUGGCGGGGCCUUCGGCCGGCCGCUCCCCACCCAGACCAUCCCCCUGCCGACCGGCACCCAGGAGGUUGCCCUUCGUCUGGUGUCCUCUCGCCAGGGCCCGGCGCUGGUCGGUGUCGGGUCGGGGCUCCUGCUUGUUUUGGACGGCUCGCAGUGGAAGACCACCAUCAUCCCGGCAUCGAGCAGGGUGCUGGCCAUCUCCGCCUCAUCUCCGAGCAAGGUCGCCUUCCUGGUCUUCCAUUCGGAGGAAGGUCAUCUGAAACUGUACCAGUUCCAUGGAGGCGCGUUCGGAGCAGACAUCAUCACGAGCAUCAAUCUGCCGGCGUCGUACCUGGGAGCCGUGGUCGAGACCGCGGGCCGUUUUGUCGUGUGGAACAACAAUAUCAUCAUGGUCCUUUUGCCCCUCUACCCGAGUCACCAAUUGGUCAAUCUGUUCAACAACCUCCCGGGCAAUGUGCUCGGCGUGGCGGGGACACACUUUUACUCGACCAACCAGAAUGGCCACCACAUGCGCAUCAUUGUCCUGGACAACGACCAAACUUGCACUUGUACAAGCGACCCGUCACAAUUGACUGGCCUCUGUUUGGAUCACUCACUGGACUCGAUCCCACAGGGGGUCCAUCCCGCCGGGGGGCGUUUUCUCGACCUGGGCCCCGGCGAGGUGGACACUCCGCCUGGCUGGGCGGUCUUUGCCAGUGGCUCGAGCGGGCUGUGGAUCGUCGCGGCCCCCAGCCAGGGGCACCAGCUGACCUGGCGGCGGGCCAUCCCCCCGGCCGGGGCCUCGGACGAUGGGGCCACUGGCUUCAGGCUUGCCCGUUUGGUGACCGGGCAGGCAGGCAGCGCUCGCACCUGGGCCCUGGUCGGCCAGCAGUAUGCCUACCUCCAGCCGGCGGAUUUCCUCUGCACCGAUGACUGGUCCAUCGAGUGCGUUUCGCCACAGGCCGACCCCUCGCUCAGAAUCGAGGGGUAUGGGUGUGUUUCGGGCCGCGCUCGGGCCGCCCUCGCUGUUCCCGGGGUCCUGUGUGCCGGAUGCACGGACGGCUUCACUCUGGGGGACCACUUGCUGCCGCAUUCCGGAUCCUGCCAGCCAUGCCCGCCAAACUGUCGGACUUGCAUGCCUGGCGGCCAGUGCCUCGUGUGCAACACGGGCUGGCUACUUGAGGAUGACCCCUCGCUCGGGGCCCGGUGUGUCUCUUCAUGCGGCCAGCGCUUUUCCCAGGCCGGCAACCGGUGCAUGCCUCGGUGGUGGGACGCCCAGGUGGGCUUGGAGGCCAGGAACUUCGAGCUGCCUGGCGCGGCUGGCACCCCGGUGGUGCUCGUCGCGCAAACGCGCCUGCGCGUGACCGAGGACCAGACCGUCGUCCUGCACCCCGGGGCCUGGCCGCCGGGGCACUUUUUGACCUUCUCCACCGCCGGCCAGGCACACUGGCUGCUGGCGCGCCCGGGAGAGGAGCUCUUCGCCAAGGCCCUGCCCGCCAACUUCUUUGACAGUGGCCGUGUUCGGUCCUACGUCGAGGUGUCGAUCUCGGCGAACCUGGCGGUGGCGCUGCUGGCCGAUGAGGAUGGCCUUCUCUCGGUGGCGGAGCUUCGAUGCCUGACCAACGGCCCCCCCCCGGCGGCGGAUGGCUGCCAGGUGGCAGUCGACUCGUUCUAUGCGCUGGACCUCCCCGGGGCCAAGAGCCUGCGCCACCUGCCGGCCGAUGGGGGGCUUGUGACGGUGGAGCUGGCCGCCGGCGUGGCGUACCUGCGCGUGGACCCGGACACCGGGGCCGUCGCACAGCUGCCAGCCCACCCGACCUUCCGCCAUCAUCCGGUGCUGAUCCCGGCGCCGGCGGUCGCCGGGGUGGACAUGGAUAUGCUGCUGCAGCCCCUGCUGGCCGAGGACGCGCCCGGCACCCACGGCGCGGCCAUCCUGCCGCUGGGCUUGGUGGUGACGAGCGACCCGCGCGUGGAUGUGGCCGCCGGGCGGGACGCCCUGCCGGCGGCACUGCCGAGUGGCUGGCGCGCGGUCGCCCUGGCCACGGGCCGGCCCGAGGCCACGGCCGAGGUCUUCCUGUCGGGGCUUGCCUGGCCGAAGGGCCCGGCCGGCGGUGCGGCUUGGCGCGUGGCGCACAUUCCCCGUGGGCUGGUGCCGCACUUGCGCCUGGAGGCCCUGUCAUACAGCCUGGAGGAUUUGGCCGUCCUGCCGGGCGUGACCCCCGGCUCGUCGGAGGACUACCGCGUCAUCGGGGUGGAGCUGUCGGCGUCGGCGGCCCGCGGGAGCUCCUUCGGCGCCAUUCGCCACCCUUCGGCGCUGCUGCUGCUGACGCAGGACCAAAUCCAUGUGGCGCUGCUGGAGUGCCCGACCGUGCCCGGCCCGGUGGGCGGAUGUCGGCUUCUGCCGGGGCGGGCAUUUGCCGGGCUCCCGUUCGGGCCUCCCGGCGGCAGCUCCCCGGCCGUGCACUGGGUGACAGCCGUGCCGCUGGCGCCGCCGGUCGCCGGAUCCCCCGAGGCCGACCAGAUGCUGGGGGAUUUGCUGCUGGCCACCGCGGGCCCCCGGGCCACCAUCCUGCGGCUGAGUCUCUUGACUUGCCCGGAGCCCGGGCAGUUUGCGCCCGCCUGCGGCGGCUGCCAUGCCGUCUGUGCCACCUGCGAUGGCCCGACCGAGGGCCACUGCACCGCCUGCCGCGCGUGGCUCUCCGACUCGCCGGGCGUCUGCCUGGAGCAGUGUCCGGCGGGGAUGCACUCCGUGCCGGGUGGGCCGUGCUUAUGUCAUGCCUCCUGCAGCGAGUGCACGUCGCUCGGCCCGCCGGAUAUCGGCCCCUACCAGUGCACCAAGUGCCCGCCGGGCUGGAUGCUUCGCCUGCCGGAGCGCGACAUGUGCCUCGAGUGCCAUGAGUCCUGCGCCACCUGCCUGUCGCCCGACGACCCGGCCGCCUGCUCCUCCUGUCAUCCCGGCCAGCUCAACCACCAGGGAACAUGUGUGUCGGCGUGCCCGACGGGGACCUGGACCAACGGGCCUGUCGCCGCGUGCCUGCCCUGCCCCGACCACUGCAAUGCGUGCGAGCCGUUGGGGAACAUGUGCUCGGAGUGCCAGGCCGGCUUCUUCCCCAGCAGCACGCCUGGCCAGGUGCCGGCCUGCCGGCCGUGCGACGCGUCGUGCGAGCAGUGCACCGGGGCCGGUGCCUGCACCCGGUGCCGAUCGGGCCUGGUGUUCCUGGACCCCCAGGCGCCCUCGCUGUGCGGCAGCACCUGCGCCCCGGGCGAGUAUGCCGGCGCGGGCCGAUGUGUCACAUGCGAUGGGUCUUGUGCCCUGUGCGACCAGGGGGCCGACCGGUGCCUGGUGUGUGCGGCCGGCUUCCGCUGGGCCGCGGGCCCGCCGGCGGCCGGCGCCACCGGCACAUGCGUCCCCUGUGAUCCUGGGUGCGCCUCCUGCAGGGCGAGCGGCUGCCUGGUGUGCGAGGCCGGCCUCGUACUGGGCCCCAACGGGCAGUGUAUCACCGACUGCCCGGCCGGGUCGUUCAGCAACGGCGAGUCGUGCCAGCCGUGCGACGUCAGCUGCCGGACGUGCGCCGGCGGCGGGGCCGACCAGUGCACCGGCUGCGGCGCGGGGCUGGAGCUUGUCGAGGCGGCCCCCGGCGUGGGGACCUGCGUGUCCGGCUGCCUGGAGAGCGAGUAUCGUGCGGGUGCUGAUUGCCUGCCCUGCGACGCGGCCUGCGCCACGUGCAACGGCCCCACGGACAAGGACUGCUGGCGGUGCGCCGGGGCCGUGCUGCAGGGCGACGACUGCGUGCAGGCCUGCGCGGCCGGGCAUGUGGCCAUCGCGGGGCGGUGUCUGGCCUGCCACGCCUCGUGCUCCGAGUGCGCCGGGGUCCGGAGCACCGAGUGUACCGGGUGUCCGGGGGACCUGCUCGCCCUGCCGGCGGAGCAGUCGCCCUCGCGCUGCGCCGGGGCCUGCCCGGUGGGGUACCACACCUCGGCCAGCGGCUGCCGCCAGUGCACGGAGCACUGCUCCAGCUGCCCGCACAGCGCCACUACCUGCGCCCUGUGCGAGCGCGGGUGGCUGCUGGCCAGCCCGGCCUGUGUCGACCAGUGCCCCGGCUCCUCGGUGGCCCUGGGCGGUCUGUGUGCCACUUGCCACGAGUCCUGCGGGACCUGCUACGGCCCGGGGCCGGAGCACUGCCUGACGUGCGGUGCGGACGCCCCGCUCCUGGUGGACGGCCGCUGCCUGGCCACCUGCCCGGCCGGCACCUUCCAGAGCGGGGCGGCAUGUCCCCCAUGCAGCUCGACCUGCGGCGCGUGCUCCGGGCCCGGGGCCGCCGAGUGCACGGCCUGCCCGGCGGACCGGGUCAUGCAUGGCCACGCAUGCCUGACCAGCUGCCCAGCCGGGUAUUUUGCCGAGGCCGACCGGACAUGUGGCGCCUGCCAUGGGUCCUGCCUGGCCUGCGCCGGGGCGGCCGCCGACCAGUGCACAGUAUGCCCUGGCCAGACGUACCUUGACCGGGGCCUGUGCGUGGGUGUCUGCCCGGCCGGCACCUUCGGCUGCGGGGUCACGACGAUGUGCGAGCCCUGCGGGGCCAACUGCACCGAGUGUGUGGUGGCCGCCGAGCAGCCCGGCGUCGGCUGCACGCCCGGCUGCCUGGCCUGCGAGGGCGGCUUCGUCCUGUCCCCGUCGACCGGCGAGUGCGUUGCCGACUGCCCGGCCGGCGAGUACAGCACGGGCUCCGGCACCUGCGCCCCAUGCGGCCCCUCCUGCUGGACAUGCCUCGGCGCAGCCGAGCACUGCACCUCGUGCAUGGACCCGGAUGCCUGGCUGCAUGCGGGCGAUGGGAUGUGCCUGAGCGCCUGUCCGGCCGGCGGGCUGGUCGCGGUCGAGUUCCCGGCCGCGGUGCCCCCCCUACCUAGACGAAUGUGCCUUGCUUGUCCGGCCGGCUGCGAGCGGUGCGCCGCCGGGCCAGGCACCCCGGAGUGCGCCUUCGGCCCGGACGGGGAGCUGUCCUGCCCGGUGGCCGACGUGUGCCUCGAGUGCGAGGCCGGCCUGCUGGUGCUGGGGGGUGCGUGUGUGGCCAGCUGCCCGGAUGGGACGUUCGCGGAUCGCGACGCGCCGGCGCCGGCCUGCGCGCCCUGCCACGCCAACUGCAAGACGUGCAUCGGUCCCGGGGAGGCGGACUGCAGCAGCAACAAGCCAUCCGGUCGCCGCCUCGCCCUCGGCCUGGGCAUCGGCCUGGGGCUGCUGCUGCUGCUCCUGCUCCUGCUGCUGGUGCUGUUCCUGCUGCUGCGGCUGCGCCGCCAGCGCGGCGCCCCGACCAAGACCGACGACGAUGAGGACGCCACGGUCUUGAACACCAUGCUGGAGCUGUCGCUCCCCGGCAGCAUCCUGGUGAGCAUUGCCAAUGACUUCGCCCCGCUGAACGAGGAGCAGCUUGGCGCCGGGACCCAGGCGUCGGUGUUCGCGGCACACGCCGUCGGGGCCGGCAUCUCCGACCGGCUGGGCUGCCCGAGCACCGUGGCCAUCAAGCAGCUGAAGGCCGCGCGCAUGACCCCCACGCAGGUGACCCUCUUCCAGAACGAGGUGGCGCUGAUGUGGCUGCUGCGCGACGCGCCGAAUGUCGUCCGGCUGUACGGGUACAGCGAGCAGCCGCCGGCCAUCGUCAUGGAGCGCUUCGACACGGACCUGGCGACGCUGCUGCACUCGGACGUCCCCCUGGACCAGGGCGCCAUCUUGGACAUCUGCCAGCAGUGGGCCUCCGGGCUGGAGGCCAUGCACGCGCAGGGGAUCGCCCACCGGGACUUGAAGCCGGGCAAUGUGUUUGUCAGCCAGCGCCUGGACGGGGGCUGGCGCGCGGCCCUCGGCGACCUGGGCACCUCGCGCAACCUCAGCACCGACCGGUCGUCCACCCUGGUGAGCCAGGCGCCGGAGCUGAACGCCCUGACGGCACGGUACGCCGCGCCGGAGGUGCUGGCCGCCUUCCACCGGAAGCGCCCGCUCGACCGGGACCACUACCUCCCGGCGGACAUCUACAGCGCGGCCAUCAUGCUGUGGGAGUGCCUCCACCGGGCCACCCCCUGGGACG